AUGCCACCUCGCCUAGGCCACAAGAAGUCCCGAAGGGGUUGUCUUAUGUGCAAACAGCGCCGAGUCAAGACCCGCUCUCAGGGAGAAAUCACCCAGCAAGACGACACGUUGACCUCCCUUGCUGCCAGCCCAGAUCCGUUGCCAUACUUGGCCAAGUUUGUCAGAGGCCAGGAACCUAUAGAGCAGACUACAUGGCUUACAGAUCUGGAGCUAAUGCAUCAUCACUCAACAUGCACUUAUCUGACUUUACCGCGUGCUGAUGAGCUUCAACACAUAUGGCAGAUUGAGAUGCCUAAGCUAGCCUUGCGCCACGUUUAUCUGCUACAUCAGGUUUUGUCAGUUUCUGCAUAUCACUUAGCCCAUUUGAAUCCAGAUCGCCCUGGAUUUCCUGUAUGCGCUUCGCAACACCAGAAUGAGGCUAUCAAAGGUCUUCGAUCAGCCAUUGAGUCUAUCUCACAAGAUAAUUGCGUGGAAAUAUUUCUCGCAUCUUCAUUACUCUCCAUCGGCGCUUUCGCUGGUUUCAGUACACAAAGCUCGGGUCAACAGCCUAGCAUUGAUGACCUUUUGGAUGUCUUCGUUUUAAUCCGUGGCAUGAGUGAUAUCUUGAACAAAUAUCAGACGACGCUCAAUCAAAUAUUAGAACAACGGACAAUCCAGAUUCACGUAUCGCCCUGA